AUGUUCAAAGCGGACGAUCCGGAGACAUUCGCUGAACGUGUCAAGUUUGCUGUGGAUUUGCGAAAGGAGGUCGAAAAUAACUUGAGGUUUUAUCUAUACUUAGACUGUUUAUUAUUGGACGGCCUCCCCAGCAUGCCGUUACAUUACAUGCCAGAUAUUAUUAAGAUGGUGAAAAUUCAUCGGCAGGCGAUAGAUAUUGAUGAAGAUCAUUUGAAGUCGCUACGAUAUGAGGCUUACCUCUUGCACAGAAAAGCCGAAGGAAAAAUGAAGAUGAUAUACAUGAUACAGAACCACCAUGAUCUGUAUAACUUUAUCAAUGCACCAACUAAGGAUUACGUAGCGCCGGUGCCCGAUUACGGACGAUAUCCAUGUGUGAUGGAAGAUUUUCCAGGCCGAGUGAAGUUCAACCAGUGGUACUCUUUGUAUGUACUUACCGAAUCUGUGUCUUGUAUUCAUCUUGUGGUUGAAGAGUGUUUAAAGGUAGAAUCCAUGUUAUUUUACACGGCCAACUACGGUCGCAACGCAAGCCUUAUGGAAUUUGAUUCAGCUCAACAGCACUGCACAUCGAUGAUGUUAAAAUAUUUGCACAUAACCUGGUUGAACGCUACAGCGCACGCCAUUAGAAUGUCGUUCAGGGAUGUCGGAAAAGGAUGGUUCAACAUUUAUGAAAAAAAGUGGGAGUUCUAUGGAAUAAGUAAACUGUCUCGAUUCAUGCAACUGGUCAGAUUUCGGAUGCAGUACGCUCUUCGAUACAGUAUUGAGCAAUCGAUGGCGAUGUAUGUGUCUAUGUGCGAGACGCCCUGCCUCUGCACCUACUGUUGCGAAGAGGAUUACGAGUGGGACCCAGAAGACCUCAUCAACUCCCCUUUCCGCUCGACCACAACUCUCUUCUACUUUCACUUGAUGAUGGCUGAAGACGGACCUUAUUAUACGACACCGCCGGAACAAUUCGAGGCCGUGAUCCAACGACUAUUUAGGGAGAUGCUGUACCGCUGUCAUUUCAUCCCUCAAGUGCAUCCCAUGAUAAUGACUGGACUCGUUUUUGAUAAGGAGCUUUUUCUUACGUCUAUUGGACUGAUGGAACCAAACGUGGUAGACUACAGAGAAAGGUUGCUGAAGGCUUAUCGCAAAGCCAUAAUACCAUUGAAAGCGUAUAUGAGGCAGUAUGAAUGCUAUAGAGAAAUAUAUGUGCUGGAUAUAGAAGAAUAUGUUGAGAAUUUUCGCGAAGAAAAACACUCGGCAUCCGAAACCCGCGAAGAAGUACAAAUGCAUUAUGAUGCUAAGCAGGAUCUUAUAUGGAGACUUCCACAAUUUAUUAAUAUUGGACCUUUUGCUAUAAAUGUUGAUACGCUUAAGCAAAUUUUAGUAACAAAGCGCGCAGACUUAAUCAAAGCACUAUUAACAAUGUGGGCUGAGGAAGUUCGUAUUGUCGUGGAGGAUGUUAUACAGGCGUAUAAAAGUAUAAUGAGAAAAUUAGGUGAAAAACCAAACUCCAUAGAACACGUCUUUGAAAUUAGAGAAUGGAUGGAAUCUAUACCUUUUGCUCUUAAGACUCAGGAGGAUAUUAUGAAGAAAGUGCACACCGUUGUAGCAACAACAGAUUUUUUGGAAGAGGAACAGGAGAAAUUCUGGAAGUUGCACCAACAAGACGAACAGACGCUGUCAGAUAAGAUUGACAUGUUCACAUCCCAAUGCAUGGCUCUUACUCUGCAAAAUGACUUCUCGAGAGUUCACGAAAUAGCCAAUGACAUAAAGAAGGCAUGGAAAGGUAUGAAAGAUGCGCAAGAAUGGGGAAGGGUAUUGAACCAAAGACAGAAGUUGUUCGGCCAGCCCGUGGUCCCAUUUGCGGAUCUCAAUAGACUAGUCAAGGAAUUUGAACCGUAUAGAAAUCUGUGGGUCACUGCAUCUGAUUUCCUAAAAGCGCGUGAAGUAUGGUUCGAUAAUCCUCUGAUGUACGUUGACGCGGACUCCAUAGAGCCACUUAUCAAUGAGUACUACAAGACUAUUGUGAAGUGUAUCCGAACCUUCGCUGACUUACCGAAAGUGCAACAAGUAGCUCUAACUAUUCGAGAUGACAUUGAUGAGUUCAGGCCAUUGAUACCAGUAAUCCAAGCUGUUAGGAAUCCUGGAAUGAAGGAGAGACACUGGAACGAAUUCAUGGAGAAAGCUGGUAUAACGGUAACGAUGAACGAGAAGCAGACUUUCCAGAUGUGUCUGAAGCAAGGAAUGGCAGAUCACGCGGAACUGAUCGCAGAGAUAGGAGAGCUGGCCAGCAAAGAAUAUGUGAUAGAGCAGUCACUUGAUAAGAUGCAGAACGACUGGGCCGCUAAGGCUAUGGAAAUAUCACCUUAUAAGAAUACUGGUACAUACAUAAUGAAGAUAGCAGAUGAAACUCUUCAGUUAUUAGAUGAGCACCUGUUGGCGACACAACAGCUCGGGUUCAGUCCCUUUAAAGCUGCUUUUGAACUGAGGAUCCAAGAGUGGGAUGACAAGAUUCGUCUUACACAGAAGGUCGUAGAUGAAUGGAUCGAAUGUCAAAAGGAAUGGAUGUAUUUGGAACCUAUAUUUACAUCUGAAGAUAUAUCACGCCAGCUCCCGCUAGAAGCAAAGAAGUAUGGCACAAUGGAGAGAAUUUGGAGAAGAGUAAUGUCAUCUGCUGCUGCUGUACCAAAGAUUAUGAUUAUUUGUCCGGAUAGCCGUCUACUCGACAGUCUGGUAGAAGGACGACAUUUAUUGGCCGUAGUGUCAAAAGGUCUCAACGAAUAUAUGGAGCUGAAGAGGCUUCGCUUUCCGCGUUUCUUUUUCCUCAGUGAUGAUGAAUUGUUAGAAAUUCUCUCUCAGAGCAGAAAUCCAAGAGCAGUGCAACCGCAUCUCAGAAAAUGUUUCGAAAACAUUGCUAAGGUGACUUUUGAGUAUGAUCUGAAGAUUUCCCAAAUGCACUCAAGUGAAGGAGAAAUUGUGGAUCUUAAAUAUAAAUUCUACCCUUCGUCAAAUGUUGAACAAUGGUUGUUAUUGCUUGAAGACACCAUGAGGCAUUCUAUACGGCUAACCCUUGUGGCUGGCAUGGAAGAAUUAUGGACGUUACCACGAGCCGAGUGGGUGCUCCGCUGGCCCGGACAGGUGGUGAUAGCCGGUUCACAGACUGCCUGGACAGCUGGCGUAGAACAAGCUAUUAUAGACUAUAGAAUGGAUGGAUUUUUUCAAGAGAUGUUACAACAGCUGGACAGCCUUCGUGCUUUAGUGAAAGGCGAACUAACCUUCUUCCAACGCGAGGUCCUCUGUGCCCUCAUUGUAAUUGAAGUACACGCCCGAGACGUCACCAACACGCUCGUAUAUGAGAAUGUAAAAAAUGUCAGCGAUUUCCAAUGGAUAUGUCAACUAAGAUAUUAUCAGAUAAUAAAAGAAAUGAAUCCGUUAGAAGAAGGGGAGCUUCCCGAAAUUUACCAAGAUGAGAAUAAACUGGAUACCUCUAUGUACUACCGCCAAUUUAGUCAGAACCACUGCGACGUACGAGCGCUUAAUUCCGUGUUCACUUACCAGAAUGAAUAUUUGGGGAACAGUGGUCGGCUCGUGAUUACACCACUAACGGAUCGCUGCUACCUAACGUUAAUGUGUGCGAUGCAUUUGAAGUUUGGCGGCGCUCCGGCUGGCCCAGCAGGAACAGGAAAAACCGAGACGACAAAGGAUCUGGCAAAGGCGUUAGCUGUGCAAUGCGUGGUCUUUAAUUGUUCCGAUCAGCUAGACUAUAUGGCUAUGGGGAAGUUCUUUAAAGGACUCGCAGCGUCAGGCGCAUGGGCGUGUUUUGAUGAAUUUAACCGCAUCGACAUUGAAGUACUGUCUGUGGUAGCUCAACAGGUAGUAACGAUUCAAAAAGCUCAAGUGGCUCGCAUGGAAAAGUUUAUGUUUGAGGGUGUGGAACUACCUUUGAAAGCGUCUUGUUCUGUCUUUAUCACUAUGAAUCCAGGGUAUGCAGGUCGAACGGAGCUACCUGAUAAUCUUAAGGCUCUGUUCCGUCCAAUAGCUAUGAUGGUGCCAGACUAUGCGCUUAUCGCUGAAAUAUCUCUAUUCUCUUAUGGUUUUUUCGAAGCAAAGAUCCUUGCUGGAAAAAUUACGACAACAUUCCGGCUGAGCUCCGAGCAAUUGUCUUCACAGGAUCAUUAUGAUUUUGGCAUGCGCGCUGUGAAAACAGUAAUUCUAGUGGCCGGUAACUUAAUCAGGCAGAUGCCAGACGCAGACGAGAGACAAAUCGUUUUAAGAGCAUUGAGGGAUGUUAACGUACCGAAGUUCUUGGCUGACGAUCUUGUUUUAUUCAAUGCGUUCAUAUUCAAAAUAAUACAAUUGUACGAGACAACCGUAGUGCGACAUGGUUUAAUGUUAGUUGGUCCUGCUGGUGCUGGAAAAACAAAGUGCUACGAGAUCCUUCGUGACGCCCUAACAGCUAUAAAGGGUAGAUUGGCACCUGACGGGUUUCCUUUCACCCCGGUCCAUACUUUCGUCGUGAACCCAAAGUCCAUUACUAUGGGACAGUUGUACGGCGAAUUCGACUUGAAUACUCACGAAUGGACUGAUGGUAUACUCUCCAGCUUAGUCCGUGCUGGUAUCGCUGUAGAAGACACAGAUAAACGUUGGUACGUUUUUGAUGGACCCGUAGAUGCUGUAUGGAUUGAAAACAUGAAUACUGUGUUAGAUGACAACAAGAAGCUUUGCCUUUCAAGUGGUGAGAUAAUGAAGCUAACGGAUAGACAGCGGAUGAUAUUUGAAGUUGCUGAUCUGGCCGUGGCCUCCCCAGCAACAGUUUCACGUUGCGGCAUGGUCUAUCUCGACACAAAAGUGGUCGGCCUCCAGCCUCUUGUGAACGCCUGGAUAAAGAGCAAUUUGCCGCCGAUUGCCGAUAAUAUCCGAAAGAUCCUAUAUAAUUUGAUCACCAUCUACUUGUACCCGGCGAUUACAGUUUUGCGCUCAAAACUGGUGGAAAUAGUGGCCUCUAUAGAUUCUUCACUCGUCCUAAAAUUUCUAGAACUGCUUGACUAUAGAUUACGACCACUGACUGGAAAGGACGAUAGACCCCCGCCUGGAGCUGCUUUUCUGGCUAUGAUGCCAAAGCUAGCUCCUUGCUGGGUAGUCUGGGCCAUAAUCUGGUCUGUGGGAGCCACGUGCGACCACAACGGUCGAGCCAUUUUUUCGGACUUCAUGCGAAACCUUAUGGAGGAGAACGGGACCAAACCGGCUUUUCCGAAGGAAGGCAGAGUUUACGAUUAUACAUUACAUGAUGGUGGAUUCACGGACCCUACCGAUGACGGCGAACCAGCAAAUCCUUAUUGGUACAAUUGGAUGGCCAAUCUUGAAGAAUACGAAGUUGAUCCGGAGUGGCAAUUUGCUGAUAUUGAAGUACCCACACUUGACAACGUUAGGAGCGCUGCGAUGCUCGGUUAUAAAGUAGCGAACUACAACCACGUUAUUUGCGUGGGCCCCACGGGAACCGGAAAGACUGUCACCAUCACGUCCAAACUCUCGAGGGGACUCCAUAAAAAGUUCAUAUGUGAAUUUCUCGUCUUUUCAGCGAGGACUUCUGCCAAUCAAACGCAGGAUGUUAUAGACAGUAAGCUUGAACGACGUCGUCGUGGCGUUUUCGGGCCUCCACCAACCAAACGGCAGGUGUUCUUUAUCGAUGAUCUGAAUAUGCCAGCCCUUGAGGUUUACGGUGCCCAACCGCCCAUAGAACUGUUGAGGCAGUUUAUGGAUUUCUCAGGCUGGUACGACCGAACCAGUAUAGGUGACUUCAAAACUCUUAUCGACAUGGCUAUAGUAGCAGCGAUGGGACCUCCAGGCGGUGGGCGCAACCCAGUUACAAUGCGUCUCAUGAGACAUUUUCACUAUGUCUCUUUCACAGAGAUGGAAUAUAACAGCAAGUACUGCAUCUUUAGCACCAUCUUAAAGUCCUGGACGCGAAACCUCGAGAAGGUGACUGUACGCGAAGCUCCAUUCCUCAAGGGAUCUAUUGAGAUUUUUAAUUCCUUAGUGGAGGAGUUACUGCCAACACCUACUAAAUCUCACUAUACAUUCAAUUUGAGGGAUCUCAGCAAAGUUUUUCAGGGGAUGCUAAUGAUGGAUGCACAUUUCGUCAAGGAUGAAGAUGACGUAAUAAGAUUGUGGUACCAUGAACACCAGCGAGUGUAUCAAGAUCGUCUCGUCAACCAUGAAGACCGCAAAUGGUUUGUGAAUUUGUUAAAUAAGAAAAUCAAAACUGAGUUUGGGAAAAACUCUGAUGACGUGGUCGGAGGCAGGUUGAUGUUAUUUGGGGAUUUUAUGGACAUUGGAGCGGACGAUAAGAAAUACUUGGAGAUCACAGAUCAAGAAGAGUUGGAUGAUGUAUUGGCUCACUACUUGAACGAAUACAACAUGUCCACGACUGCACCACUAGACCUAGUUCUAUUUGACGACGCUAUAUCACAUCUGUGCAGACUGGCCAGGAUCAUGCGGCAGCCGAUGGCAAACGCACUACUCCUUGGCAUGGGCGGUUCCGGCCGGCAGUCACUUUCCCGGUUAGCAGCUAACAUGUCAGAGUUGACAUGUGUGCAAAUUGAAAUUACGAAAGCGUAUGGGCAAGCUGAAUGGAGAGAUGACCUAAAGCAGACGAUGAUGAAGGCUGGCGCAGAGAACAGGGGAAUCGUAUUUUUAUUCUCUGAUGCACAGAUAAAAAUGGAGUCAUUCCUGGAGGACUUGAACAACAUCCUGAGUUCUGGGGACGUACCAAAUAUCUACGAAGCAGAAGAUCUCGACCGUAUUUAUAUGUCAGUUCGUCAUGCGGUGAUGGAGAUGAGUCUUCCUGCAACGAAAACUAAUCUAUUCGCGUGUUACCAGCGACGAGUUAGGAGUAACCUUCAUAUUGUUAUUGUCAUGAGUCCAGUUGGAGAGAUAUUCCGUGCUCGGUUGCGUCAAUUCCCUUCCCUGGUGAAUUGUUGUACUAUCGACUGGUUCAGUGAGUGGCCGCGCUCUGCGCUUAACUCAGUUGCAACCCAUUUCUUUAAUCGCAUGUACGAACUACAGACAACUGACGAAGUUAUCGCAUCCAUGGUGUCCGUCUGCUGCUUCGCACAUUCUAGCGUGGUGGAUGCGAGUGCCCGUUUCUUAGCGCAGUUAAAUCGACUCAACUACGUGACCCCUAUGUCAUAUAUGGAGAUGUUGGCGGCCUAUGCUGAGAUGUUCAAGAAAAAACAAAAAGCUAUACUUAACGAGUCAAAUGCUUUAAAAACCGGGUUAAACAAGCUAAAUCAGACAGAAGUGGAAGUGAAACAACUCCAGAUAGAGCUGGCGGAUCUUAAACCAUUAAUGGAGAGAGCGGCCGAGGAGACCAGGAAGGUUAUCGAUCAAAUCGCUAUAGACACGGCUAUUGCUGAAGAUGCAAGAAUCAAAGUCGAAAAGGAACAGGCAAUGGCUGAGACAAUGGCUAAAGAAACUACUGCCAUGGCUGAAGAUGCCCAGAGAGAUUUAGACGAAGCGAUGCCAGCACUUAAAGCAGCUGAAAAGGCGCUUCAAGAACUAAAUCGUAACGAUGUUGUUGAAGUGAAAGCUAUGAAAAAGCCUCCAGCAGGAGUCGUUCUUGUAAUAGAGUCUUUGUGUGUCGUGUUUGAUAUUAAACCAAUCAAAGAACCAGGAGCAGCUAUUGGUCAAAAAGUACUAAACUACUGGAAGCCCGGCUCGGCAAUGCUAUCGGAUCCGACGGCUUUCCUCGAUUCACUCAUGAAGUUCGACAAGGAAUCUAUCACAGAAGACAUGAUUAAGAAGCUAAAACGUUUUAUUGCAGACCCAAAUUAUGAUCCACCGAAGAUACUAAAAGUAUCAAAAGCGUGUAUGUCACUUUGUAUGUGGGUACAUGCAAUGUAUAAGUUCUACCACGUAAACAAAGCCGUUGCACCUAAGAAAGCUGCUCUAGAGAAGGCCACUAAGGACUUACAGGCGGUUGAAGCAAUGCUUGCGAAUGCUAAGGCAAAGAUGCAAGCUUUACUAGAAGGUAUUGCAAAACUAAAUGCGUAUCUACAAGAGAAGGAAGAAGAAAAACGGAAAAUGGAGGAAGACAUUAACCAAUGUUUGGCGAGAAUGGACCGAGCUAAUAGACUGCUAAAUGGUCUUUCAAGUGAACGUGUUCGUUGGAUCCGAACUAUUAAAGAGUUGGAUAUUGCAAUUGUAAAUCUAAUUGGAGACAUUCUAUUGAGCGCCUGUGCAGUUGGGUACGUCACCCCAUUUACGGAUGAGUUUCGUCGGGAGUUGCUGGCUCAAUGGAUUCACCACAUGGAGGAAGUUGCUGUGCCACACACACAUGGUGCUACACCACUAUCAGUGCUCGGGGACCCUGUCCUGAUCAGAAACUGGCAAAUGUACGGUCUGCCUAGAGAUCCUCUUUCUGUCGAGUCAGCUGUUCUAAUGUCAAACUCGCGUCGAUGGCCUCUUAUAAUAGACCCGCAGACUCAAGCCAACAAAUGGAUACGGGCAAUGGGCAAAAUUGAAGGCUUGGUCGUAUGUAAACCAAACGAUAGGGAUCUGCUACGAAACUUUGAGUCUGCUCUUCGCUUUGGAAAACCAAUUUUACUAGAAAACGUUGGCCAAGAAUUAGAUCCGGCACUAGAUCCAGUUCUUAAACGACAAUACUUCCGUCAAGCCGGUCAACUAGUGCUAAAACUAGGGGACUCGUUAAUUCCAUAUAUGCCUGGCUUCCGCCUGUACAUAACAACCAAAUUGCCAAACCCAAAAUACACACCUGAGACUUCUGUCAAAGUGCAAAUUGUAAAUUUUGCACUCGUUCCGAGCGGUCUAGCGGAACAACUUCUAUCCAUAGUGGUGGCUCAAGAACGACCUGAUCUCGAAGAGUUACGAGGACAGCUGAUAGUCACACGAGCGCAGAUGUCCUCCCAAUUGGCAGAAAUGCAGUCUGACAUUUUGUAUGGUCUAUCAAACAGCGAAGGAUCACCAGUAGAUGACGUGCCUCUUAUUCUUACUCUAGAAGCAAUUAAGAUUAAAAGUGCUGAAAUUCUUAUCAAAGUCGAAGAUAUAGAGAAAACGUCAAUUGAAAUUGACGCAGCGCGCGAAGGUUACGUACCAGUGGCUAAUCGUGGACAGAUCCUAUUCUUCUGUCUAUCGGGCAUGGCUAAUGUAGACCCGAUGUACCAGUAUUCGCUGGAAUGGUUUGUCAAGCUCUUCAUACGGAGUAUGGCAGAGACUGAGCCAAAUGAGGAUAUAAUCGAGCGUGUGGAUAUCAUCAUAGAGCAUUUCACGUUUCUGCUUUAUCAAAAUGUUUGUCGCAGUCUUUUUGAGCGGCACAAGCUACUGUUUGCAUUUCUCCUUUGCGCCAGAAUUCUGCUUGACCGAGGCACUAUAAGGUCUACAGAGUUCAACUUCCUGCUGAAUGGAGGAAAAAUAGAAGAGGAGUUGGAAAAUCCAGAACCGAAAUGGAUAUCAAGACGUAUGUGGUUGGACAUGCAGGAACUGGCUUCUGUUCCCACCAUGAAACAAUUUGUAAUGGACUUCCCUGAACAGACAAAAUUCUUUAGAACUUAUUAUGAUGCUUGGAAUCCCCACAAAUUGCCCUAUCCAAAACCUUUGGACACUCAACUAGAUCCGUUCCAAAAGCUCUUGGUGCUAAAAUGUCUUCGACCAGAUAAGCUUGUACCAGGGUUGCAGGACUACGUGGUGGUUGGUCUCGGAGGACGAUUUGUGGAGCCUCAGCCGGCGGAUCUGGCAGCACUCUAUGCUGAGUCUGAUCCUCUUGCGCCAAUCAUAUUUGUACUCUCCACAGGAACGGAUCCAGCCGCUGAUUUGCUGAAGUUUGCGGACAAAAUGAAAAUGGGAAAGCGGUUCGAGAGUAUAUCGCUGGGGCAGGGCCAGGGGCCCCUUGCUGAAGCGAUGAUGAAAAUUGGCUGUGAUUUUGGGAACUGGGUAUUUUUCCAGAACUGUCACUUGUCUCCAUCGUGGAUGCCAGUGCUAGAGCUUAAUGUGGAGCACAUUCAACCGGAAACUGUCCACAAAGACUUCCGACUCUGGCUUACCUCCACACCCUCGCCAUUCUUUCCUGUAGCGUUACUGCAAAACGGUUACAAAAUGACAGUGGAGCCACCACGUGGGAUCAAGGCUAAUCUCUUAAAGGCUUACAUAAACCAAGUACCAGACUUCCUUGACUAUUUCAAUUCCAAUGACAGCAAGGUUCCCAAUUUUAAGUGGCUGCUUUUUUCGCUUUGUCUCUUCCAUGGUGUUGUACUGGAGCGUCGCAAAUUCGGCCCGCUUGGUUUUAACAUUCCCUACGAGUUCACAGACGGAGACCUCCGCAUAUGUAUCUCUCAGUUGCACAUGUUCCUUACUGAGUACAAUGAGGUCCCACUAAGGCAAUCGUCUUCCGCGUCCGUUGAUGAUUACACGAGGUACAUCCGGACGUUACCCCUAAACGAUGACCCUUCGCUUUUUGGCCUGCACAGCAACGCUAACAUUAGUUACGCCAUGUCAGAGACGAGCACCUGUCUUAAUACGCUGCGCAAUCUCCAACCAAAAGAAGUAAGUGGAGGUGGUGGUAUGACCGCCGAAGAGAUGACUGAGAACGCAGCGAAAGAGAUAUUGGGUAUCAUACCACCGAUGUUGGACCAAAAAUUUAUUGCUACUACGGACCUUCUGAAAGCCCUGAAGGGUUUGGUCGUGAUGUCGGAAGCGUUAGAGAGCAUGGCUGGAAGUCUUGCUAGGAACUCUGUACCAGCCAUGUGGAGUUCCAAAGCGUAUCCAUCUCUUAAGCCUUUGGCUGCGUGGGUAAAGGACUUGGUUCUGCGAGUGCAGUUCAUGCAGCAGUGGGCUGAUGGUGGUAUUCCAAAGGUGUUUUGGAUUUCUGGGUUCUACUUCCCGCAGGCCUUCUUAACCGGUGCGCUACAGAAUUACGCUAGGAAACACGUUAUUGCUAUUGACACUGUUUCUUAUGCUUUUGAACCUCUGGCGGGACCGCCAGCAAAGAAGCCAGAUGAUGGUUGCUGCGUCAGGGGCUUGUUCCUGGAAGGAGCCAGGUGGAAUAUGGGAGACAUGUCACUGGAAGAAAGCAAGCCAAAAGAGUUGCAUACGGAAAUGGCCAUAAUCUACAUGAAACCUGAGCAAAACCACAGACUACAACAAGGUCUGUACGAGUGUCCCACAUACAAAACGCUGCUGCGGGCAGGAACACUUUCCACCACUGGACAUUCGACGAAUUAUGUGAUGACCAUCGAAUUGCCAACACACAAACCUCAAGCGCACUGGAUUAAACGUGGCGUUGCUCUAUUCUGUGCACUUGAUUAUUGA